UUUUGUGUGACAUAUAGAUAAAAAAGAUGGUCGUGCUGCCUGGUUCGCUGUACUUGAUAGUCAAAUGACAAUAACAUUACGAGGCUGGAUGCAAACUUAGCUCAGUUUAAACUAAGCACUACAGUCUGGCCAACAACAACAGCAAAAACAAAUGCUAGAAAAAAGAAAUAGUUGCAACAGCUAAAAAAAAUAGUAGCAGUAGUAGUUUUGUGUAUGUGUGUUUGACGGCAUUGGAAAGUCUUUUUAACUAAAAUGUUGCACUCCUCUGUGCAGGAGCAGAACCAGCAUGGAAAUAACAAUAACAACCACAACAACAAUAAUAACAACAACCAUAACCACACAACGACAACAACACCAUCAAUGACUUCAGCAAAUAGCACAAAUUUGAAUGCCAAUGCUGAGGGCACCAAAACAUCAAAACAAGCCAUAGAGAUACGAUCUUUAGCUGCUUCUCAGCUAGAGCAGCAACACAAUGGCCAGAAGAGCCACAAACAGCAUAAUACAGAUAACGAUUCUCUGGCUGGGGCAGAUAGGGCGAGAAGUAGCAGCAUUAAUGCUGCCACCAGGGCGAGAUUAAGGGAAACAUCUACAAGUACGGGCAGUACAAACUCAAAUAUAAUGCAUUCCAAUGAAGAUUCUGGCAUAGAGGCCAGACAUCGACGAUGUGGUAGCAGUAGUAGUGGUGGUGGCGGCGCUGGAAAUAAUGGAUCUCGCAGCAGCCAUCGUCAUCGAAAAACAAGUUCCUCAAGUGCCAAAGCAUCAACAGGAAAUGUGGGGAGCAACGUUGGUGCUGGCUCUUCAACUGCAGCAGCGGCAUCUCCCAAAAAUCCCUACAACAAUACGAGUGAUAUGACGGCGGCUCUCAAAACAGGUGAUGCAUCAUCAUCAACUAGUAUCCAGCAACAGCCUCCAACAACAGCCUCUCAACGUAACUUACAAUCCCACCAACAAAACUCGAAUACAGUUAAAAACAGGUCUUCUAGUAAUCUUAAGAAAAAUGCCCGCGAACGCAGUGAUGACGAAAGAUUGAGUAUAGCCAAUGACAGCACGGAAGAGACGACCAGACAUCGUCGCCGUCGUUCGAGGCGAAUAAGUAAAAAUACAACAGCAACCUCUUCAUCGUCAUCAUCAGAAUCCUCCUCCUCAGGUUCAUCGACGGGUUCCAGUUGUAAUGGCUCAUGUAGUUCUGAUGAUGGUGAUUCGUCAACCUCAUCGGGUGAACCGAAUUUACCGUAUCCCGGCUUUCCGGAUGUGGCCCUAAAGUAUUUCUCGCAAGACACGAUACCCAGGAAUUGGUGUCUAAUGCUGAUUACAAAUCCAUAUCCU